AUGCGCUACUUUGUCCAACUGAUACCAACGUUAGUGGACAUGGCGAAACAGCUAGAUAGAUACAAUCAGCCCAUAUUCAUGGUGCAUGGUGACUUUGCAAGACGAAACAUAGGAUGCAAAGAAUAUGAUGGUAUAAAGCAAAAACAUGUUACUCCUCGACUGGUAGUUCGGGGCCAUCUUACACCCAUUUUUCGACAUUGA